AGGGAAGCGUGGCGUUGUCCAAUAGGGGGCGGGGGGGUCAUGUUUUGGAGAGGAACGUUGGGUGCGUUCCCGGAGCAACAGGGAAGAUGGCAGCCCUCACAUCUCUAACCCAGUUGUCCAGUGGGAACCCUGUAUAUGAGAACUUUUACAGGCAGGUGGAUCCUGGGAAUACAGGGAGAGUAGGACCAACAGAAGCUGCUCUUUUCUUAAAAAAGUCUGGACUCCCUGACCUUACUUUGGGAAAGAUCUGGGAUUUGGCUGACCCUGAUGGCAAAGGCUACUUGGACAAACAGGGGUUUUAUGUGGCUCUACGACUGGUUGCCUGUGCUCAGAACAGUCUGGAAGUCAGCUUGUCCAGUCUCAGCCUAACAGUCCCUCCUCCGAAGUUUAAGGACACCAGCAGCCCAUCUCUAAGCAGCACAGCCUCUGUUCCUGCUGAAUCGCACUGGGCUGUCAGGCCAGAGGAGAAGAAUAAAUUUGAUGGGAUUUUUGAAAGUCUGGUUCCAGUCAACGGCCUGCUGUCAGGAGAGAAAGUCCGCCCAGUCUUAAUCAACUCCAAGCUACCUCUGGAUGUCCUUGGGAAGGUUUGGGACCUGAGUGACAUAGACAAGGAUGGCCAUCUAGACAAAGAUGAGUUUGCAGUGGCCAUGCACCUGGUGUACCGGGCCUUGGAAAAAGAGCCUGUUCCUGCACUCCUCCCCUCUGCUCUCAUCCCUCCAUCUAAGAGGAAGAAGAGUCUCAGCUCUGUGGCCAGCUCUUUACCUGGACUGCCUGCAAGCCCUCCUCCACCUAAAGAUUCUCUACGUUCCACACCCUCCCACGGCAGCAUGAACUCGCUCAACAGCACUGGCAGCCUGUCACCCAAACACACACUCAAGUCUGGACAGCAUUCGGUGAACUGGGUGGUCCCUGUGUCAGAGCGUGGCCGCUAUGACGAUAUCUUCCUAAAGACGGAUGCUGACAUGGAUGGUUUUGUCAGUGGACAGGAAGUAAAGGAGAUCUUCAUGCAAUCUGGACUUUCUCAGACUCUUCUUGCCCAUAUAUGGGCUUUAGCAGAUACAAGACAGAUAGGCAAGCUGACCAGGGAGCAGUUUGCCCUCUCCAUGCAUCUUAUCCAGCAGAAAGUCAGUAAGGGCAUUGAUCCUCCACAAUCCCUGACUGCUGAUAUGAUUCCACCUUCUGAAAGAAGCACUCCACUACCAAGUAUGUCAGGAUACAUUACUCCAGUGGGAUCUGAGAUGGCUGCUCUGUCAGAAAUGAGGCGGGACAGCUCUAGUUCAGUGGGUUCAGGAGAGUUCACUGGCAUCAAGGAGUUGGAUGACAUCAGCCAGGAGAUCGCUCAGCUGCAAAGGGAGAAGUACACUCUUGAGCAGGACAUCAGGGAAGCAGAGGAGGCUAUCAGACAUAAGAGUGCCGAGGUGCAGGAAAUGCAGAAUGACCUGGACAGAGAGACAACCAGCCUGCAGGAGUUAGAAGCUCAGAAACAAGAUGCCCAGGACCGGCUGGAGGAGAUGGACCAGCAGAAACACAAAUUAGAAGACAUGUUGAAUGAAGUCCGGAUUAAGUGCCAGGAAGAGUCUCAGAUGAUCUCAAGCCUCCAGACUCAAAUCCACUCCCAGGAGUCAGACUUGCUAAACCAGGAAGAAGAGUUGAGCCGGGCCAAGGCUGACCUGGGCCGGCUGCAACAAGAGGAGAAUCAGCUGGAGCAAAGCCUGGCCGCAGGCAAGAUUCAACUAGAGACCAUCAUCAAGUCUCUGAAAGCAACCCAGGAUGAGAUCAACCAGGCUCGCAGCAAGCUGUCACAGAUUCAAGAUAGUCAACAGGAAGUGUCUAAAAGCAUUGAGCAGUACAACAGCACCUUGAAUGGAAACCAUGGAGGCAGCAUGACCAACUUGGCUGACAUGAGUGAAGGCUUCAGUGACCGAGAGAAUGGAGGAUUUCCAGCCAUGGUGAGAGCAGUACAGGAGGACCCAUUCAAAGUGAAGCCAUCUGUGUUUAACAGUCAACCUCAGGGGCUUCCCACUGACCCCUUCCAGUCUGAAGACCCCUUCAAAACAGACCCAUUCAAAGGCGACCCUUUUCAGAAUGAUCCUUUUGCAAAGCAGCCUCCAGUACCCACAGAUCCAUUUGGAGGAGACCCCUUCAAAGAGACAGAUCCAUUCAAGGCUUCAUCAGAAGACUUCUUCAAGAAAACCACAAAGAUGGAUCCCUUCUCCAGUCCAGACCCUUUCAGUAAAAGUGCCACUUUACCCUCCAAGCAACCUACUACCUUCACAAGCAGUGACCCAUUUUCUUCAAGCCAUCAAAAACCUAAAGGAUCAGACCUCUUUGGCACACUGGACCCGUUUGGCAGCAGUUCAUUCAACAGCAGUAACACUUCUGUUGGAUUUGCAGACUUCAGCCACAUGUCGAAGUCCAGAGACCCUUUUGAAGGAAGGGCCACCUGGCUUCCAGACUACCAGAAGCCAGUGUUUGUGGAUGACCCAUUCAGCAGGAAGAAUGACAUGCCGGCUCUGCCUCCAAAGAAAAGUGUUCCCCCCAGACCCAAGCCACCCAGUGGUAAGACCACACCAGUGAACAUGACUGGUUCAUCUGACUCUUCCAAACCCUGUGAUCCUUUCAAACCGUUCAGUGGCGAGGUCAUUGACCCUUUUCAGAGUAAAAAGGGCCUGGGAGACCCAUUCAGCGGCAAAGACCCUUUUGUCUCAUCCUCAGCAUCAAGACCUGACAAAGUCAAGUUUGGAAACGAGGCUCAGCAGUUAGAAUGGGCUAAACGUGAAAGCGAGCGUGCAGAACGUGAGCGGCUGAAGAGACUCAGACAGCAGGAACAGGAGGACCUGGAACUGGCCAUUGCCCUCAGUAAAGCAGAGAUGUCCAAUGCAUGACCUGGAGGUCCCACUACAUGUGAAUACUUGUAUAGCCAUAGUGAGGCUAACCUGCAGACAAAGGUGACUGACUGAAAUAUUAAGACAUGAAACACAUCACUGAACUAAUUACUGCACACACACUCACACAGAACUCCACACUCAGCGACUUUAUUGGAUUGGAAGAGAACAAGAAACUUUCAGACGAGUUUGGAUGAUGGCCCUGCAAACAGAAAAAACCCAGUAAAACAGAAUCGUGGGUUGCAAAACAUCAUUGAAAAACGGGUGCUGACAUGAAGAAAAGGGGAACUGAAAUAUAAAGACGUGGAAAGAAAGCUGCUUGGUAGAAAGAGUGUACAGGCCCCAUAGUAGCUACACGGUAAUGUUGUUUUACCGAUUAGGGAGACUAGCUAAUCGCUGCACGACAGUUUGUAUCACUUCAUGUUUCUUUGUUUUGUUUUUUAAGCUACACUCUCCAUAUGGAAACAAACCUUGCUGUCAUUAAUAGAAGAGCAGAUGACCUUUUCUUUUGUUGUAACAAUCAGCAGCAAAGAAAUUGCCCCUGUACUUCUCAGAAGGGACUUGUAAAUUGGUUGUAUCAUUUAGUUAAUAAAAUUACAUGAUGUAGUAAGUAUGUCAGUUAAUAUUCAGUGCUAAUGCAUAGAAUGAGGUUUAAAUUCCCAUUUGGUAUAGAGAGGCUUAUAGAAAGGACUGGAUUCAUUCAGUAAUAGUCAUUAGGGGAGGGUUUAAAAAAUCGAUUUCCCCGAUUCAAAUCGAUUUUUGUUUGAAUAAAGCGAUAUCGAGUCAUUAAAUCCUGAUUCGAUUUUUAAUUAUUUUUAAGUAUUUUGUCAGAAACAACAAAAUCUCAGCUUAAAGCUCACAAAAUGACUUCAACAACCACAAAACAGCAAAUGAGAGCAGUUGAACGGAUUCCGCGAAAAGACGUAAACACAAAUCGCGGAUCGUUCACCCGAAGAUCUGCGCACAUACAUGCCGUCAGCUGCUGAAAGCAAACAGAUUCUGAAGUCGCAGGUUUUGCCACUUUCCGACCAAAAUUCACUGAUAGGCAGCAAAAAAAAGAUCCAAACUACGCUUCACGUGUGAAACACAUCGUCGUGAAUUCCCUCUUACUUUACAGUUUUGCUUCCACUGCGAUAAAAAUCACACUUCCUGCACGGCUCUCUCUCUCACUCUAUUUCAAGAACAGUUUCCAAUCUGAAAUCUGUUUUCUGCAUUAUGUACAGUUUUAUGUACAGCGCUGGUUUUUUUUCUCUGUAACUUUGCUCUGCUUCACUUCAGCAGCGUCAGGUAAUGUUUAUAUGCAGAUUCAUGGUUUUCUUCCGUUUUUGUUCAACUGCAGAAUAUUUUUAAGGCGGUUGUCUGCUUUAUAAAGCCAGACCAGGAAAAUCUCCUUCAUGCUUUUCUGUGUUUUAUCCUCAGUUACUUUGACACAAAGGCAUCUGCUGUGAUGCUCACACCUUUGAUGAAGUGUCAGCUUUUUAUACACAGAUAUACAAAUAUGGACAUGUAUUAAUGAAUGAUCAGAACUAUAAUAUUUCUGACUGUCUGAGUCGAAACUGAAUCGAAUUGAAUCGGGGAAUCGAAUCUGGACCUUCUGAGUCAAUCAAUAACCAGCCCUAAUACUCAUUAAAUAUUCUUUUAAGGCCAGACACUUACACUAACAAAGACUGAGAUAAGAAGUGAAAAGAUCGAUAUUAACAGUAUUUUUAAACUGUAUUUAACCACUUUGUUUCAAGCUAGACUAAAGUCAGUGCUUCAUUUUUUCUCAUGACUCCAGGUGAGCUUAUAUCUCCAAAUAUCAGGAUUUAGAGAUUAAACACUUUAACCAGAUAAAGAUUCAGGCAAUCUGGGAUACCAAGAGCCUUAUUAUCCAAUGGUUCCACUGUAUAACAAUUUUAACAGUAAUGUUAAAAUUGUCAUGAAAUAUUCCUUCUGUGUACUACUGAAAUUCAAAAGGCCUCAAGGAACCACAGACAAUAUUAUCUUUUCAGGUGUGUGCUGUAGUCCCUGAGUUUAAAUGGCUUCUCUUGUGAAUUUGUCUUUCAGUCCCCAGUUUAAAUGUGACAUAAUGUGAAAACCCACUUUACUUUGUGUUGAGCUUAUUUAUCAUGAAGAAAUAAAUAAUACAGAGCGGGGGGAAGAGACUCAGAGUAGGGUUGUUUUUCUUUGGUACUCUUCUGCCUUGAGUCUGUAGCUUAUAUGUUUCUCUUUUUCAGUAUUACGUUUGCCACCCAUCACAGACGCUCCCUUCCUCUGGCUCAUCAUUUCAGUUUAAAAAAAAUGAAGACAUAAAAGUAACAGAAGCUGAGGGAAGCAGCGUGCAUUACAUUGGUUUCCUCUAAUGUGAUAACUACCUAAUGAAUGAAAAUAACUAUGUCAGGAUAUCGACAUAUUCUUUGGAGUGAGAGUAACGUACUGUAAAAAUAUGUUGUCCGUUAUCAUGAGUGAGGUCAUCGUGUAGAGUCCUCUGCACUGACCUGUAGAGCUUUCUUGCCGUCUCUGCGGUGUAUAUAGACAGAGCCUAUGCCUCUUCUUGACAACUGUACUCUGAUCACAAUGAUGUGAUAUCAUACCACAUCCAGCAAAUGAAAUAAAAGAUGAGGGAAUUCAUUUUUCAUAUUUCAACUAGUCUGUUUUUUAUUGAUUCUUUUGUAGAAACUGAUGGUUUUAGCACUGUUUUUAGUUGGUGACGACAGAACGGCAAACACAAGUUGCAGAUAGAUUUCUGACUGGCAGGAAACUGGAUGUUGAAGAGUGCUAAUUCUUAUGUGACAUAGUUUGAUGCUCCAUAACAACUCACUUUGUUUAUUUUAGGAGUUGUCUCUUUACUUGAACUAUGAACCAAUGCUUAAGGGAGAACAAAAUCCGUUGUUUCUAGAGUUUUGUUUUGUUUUUUAUUUGGAUUUUGUUCUUUUACUGUCCCAAAAAAGCAGAUUUCAUUGAACUUAACUUCUGAGCUGUUAGUGCAAAGCAAAGCUUACUGAUGUGAUCUUUAUACUGUAACAUUGCACUGGAUGCAAUCUGAUGGAACCUAAAAAUGUUUCAGUCAUUCUGAAAUCACUUCAGAUUUGUUGCAAUUUAAUGAAAAUAUAAACUCCUUCAAAUAACAAAACACUGGCGUACAUUCUGCUUAACUUGAAGUUUAAUACAUUAAAAAAAUGUACUGAAAUGUUCAGGUUGCGUCAGAUUUCAGUCCAAAACUGUGAUGGGAUGGUCCCAAAUACGAGCUGGAGGCAUGUAAAGGCUCUGAAAGUGGCUUUGUACUGAGUGAUAUGACAGAAUGACCUCCAAUAAGUGUUACACUUGCUUUUCCACUCAUCACGU